AAACUGCAAAAACAACAGGAAAUUUGCAAGGAAGGAAGAAAGAAGGAAAGGGGCGUUUUUUGAGUUAGCAGCAGCAGCGUAGUCCACAAAAAUCUAUCCUAAAUUCCACUCCCUUCUAUGGCUCCGGUUGCUCCCAGAUCUGGCGACGCCAUUUUUGCCAAUGUUGAGCGCGUGAACGCCGAGCUCUUCACCCUAACCUAUGGAGCCAUCGUGCGUCAACUCCUUACGGAUCUGGAGGAGGUUGAGGAAGUCAACAAACAGCUUGAUCAAAUGGGUUAUAAUAUUGGAAUUCGAUUAAUUGAUGAGUUCUUGGCAAAAUCCAAUGUCUCCAGAUGCGUUGACUUCAAGGAAACAGCUGAAGUAAUCGCAAAGGUUGGUUUCAAAAUGUUCUUGGGGGUCACUGCAUCAGUGACCAAUGUGGAUGCUGAUGGAACCUGUUGCAGUCUUAUUUUGGAGGAUAACCCACUAGUAGACUUUGUUGAGCUUCCUGAUACAUGCCAAGGUCUAUAUUAUUGCAACAUCUUAAGUGGAAUUAUUAGAGGAGCACUGGAGAUGGUGUCAAUGAAGACUGAAGUCACGUGGCUCCGUGAUAUGCUUAGAGGGGAUGAUGCAUAUGAGUUGCAGGUCAAACUUUUGAAGCUAGUUCCUGAGGAGUAUCCAUACAAAGAUGAUGAGUAAACAUGCUAGGCUACGCAGACUCUCAUAUAUUGUAUAUACAAUUUAUGGUUUUCAUGUCAUCCCUAUUACCUCUAAUAACAGAUUUUCAUCUGCUGUUUUUAUUUUAGAAUUUACAAUUGCUUUAUCUUAAAACUCUUAUGGGAAUUUUGAUUAGAUUUUGGAGAUUUCACAUCUGUUUUUUGUAAUUUCUGAAAAUACUUAACAGAAAGUGCAUCCUGUCAAAAGUUAUUUCUUGGAAACUUUCACCAAUUUUUAUUAUAUGCUCAGACUCAGAGCAUGAAUUUAGAAUUUGUGGAAGCCACAGCAUUUGAUAGCUUAUUCGAUGCAUAAACUGAAAUUGUUAUGAUGAACUUUCUUAUUCUUCCA